ACAGGUCAUUUUUUCCUCUUGCAGCUGCAUUGCUUUUGUGGGUUACCCGAGAGUUCGUUGGUUAUUUUGCUGUUAAAAAGACGGCUCAAGUCAUACGAGACUCUGUAGCAAUUCUAUGAUAUUUCUGUAAUUUAGGCGGUCCAGACAGUAACUACAAAAUAAUUACAUGAUUGAUGGGUCGUGUUUCUCAUGAUUUUUCAUGCCUUUUUUGUUUUUAAUUCAAGCCGGUAUCUUUUUCGGUUUUUCCUUCUGUUUUUAUUUUCGGUCUCUUGUUUCUUAUGAUAAAAUUUUUGGACCAGGCAUAAUAGUCUGUUGAUAUCGUGGAUAAGUUGUAUCUGUAGGACCCUUUUUUUUUUCCCAAAAUCGUGACUAAAGCGAAUAAAAGGGACCCUGCAGGGGAGAGGACAAUCAGGAGAUAUGAAGAAUUGAGACAUUAGUUGUGACGCUUUAAGUUUAUUUAGCAUUGGGUUUGAAUUAGUGGAACCUACAGUCAAGGAGCUAUUCCCUUACAAUUGCUAUUAAAUAACUGGCUCACGUCUGAAGUGGUUAUAUGUUAUAGCCAUUACCAUAUAGGGUUUCUCCUCCGUUGUUACUCGUCUUUCUGGAUGAAUAUCGGACUGUGAGACAAUUGUCAUAAAAGCUGUUCAUUAUUUUAUUGUAUUUAGGGCAUGAUUAGAUGGAGUGAAAAUGAGCAUGUUGAAAAACGGAGAGGUCAAAUAUGGACAUUGUUUAAAUUCCUUAUCUUCACUUCGAACAAACACAUCCUCAGGCUUGCCAUUUUAAUUAAAUUUUCAACUUAAAUGGCAGCUGAUUUUCUUUGUACAGUAGGUGUAAAUAUAAUUUACACAUUGUAACCAGUUCUCAGGUGGUGUAGGUGCCUGGAUUCUGUACUUCAUCAUUAUAUACAAAUACAACUGUCUAAAGGAAGUCAUUAUAGCAUAAAAAUUCAGAUUCAAAGUUUUAGUAGUAGGCAAGUGGCACUUGAAAUGGUUGAUAUGUUGCUUGCUUGCUGCCAUUUAUGCUUUAUUUGCAGAUAUGAUACGGGCAAAGCAGAUCAGUACCCUUUCAAGUGGUGCUAGGAGUUUUCUUAUAGGAGGUUCCCGCUGCAGUGCUGCUGAUGGAAGUACCAGCACUUGUUCAGAGGAUGAAACAUUUGUGUCCAGAAGAGAGCAGACAAAAAAUGAAGUUUUACUUGCACAGAAGCCAUCUGCCUUAGCGACCCAAACAGCAUCUGGAGUAGGAAGAACCUUGGUUUCAGGAGACUCUGUGAACGGACUUGUUUCUCGUAGUGUUGAGGGUGUCUAUCAAUCAGGUUGCGCACCAAAAACUGUGUCCACUCCGAGUCCAUCACAAAAAUCAGAUUCUGUAACAUAUGCUUGUGUUGCUGAUGAUGCUCAAACGCAUGCUGCACACACAUCUCCUUUUAAUGCUGACCAGGUUUUUAGGGCGGGCAUUGCGGCUGUCAACUUUCUUUCUGAUAUCGCUAAUUAUAAGCUUCCUUUAUUGGAUGGGAAUCAUGGGACAGGAAUAUUAAACUACUCCAAAAACUGUAUGGUUGAUACCACCAAGAGCCUACCCAGUAUCAGAUCCUCGAAUGGGAAACACAUUAAAAAGGAGGCUUUUGCUAAUGUUCAUCCGAAGCCUUCUGUUUCUUCUGAUGUUGGAUCGAACCGUACAAGUAAUUAUCAUGGUACAAAGGGACAUGGUGAUAAAUCAAAUUUAUCUAAAGGCAUAAAGCAUUUUCCUUCAGGAACACGUAAGGCAGUGGUCACUUCAAAACCUGCUGUAUAUAGCCAUGUCCAAGGAGAUGUAUCACAGAGAACAAGAACCCUUCCAAACCGACUUGUGAAAAAUUCUGUUUCCAACAUGCAAACUUCAGAUCCACAGUUUGUGCGAUCAAUUAGCAAGGGUUUAAACAAACACCCUGAGAAUUGGAGAACACCUACAGGAAUUCCUCAAACAAGUCAGCAUUUUUCAAACACAGGGCGUGUUGUAGAAGUGGUUUUAGAUGUACUGCAGAAGCUAAAGUGGAGUCCUGCUGCAGAGAAGGCUCUUUAUAACCUAAAUUGUUCAUUGGAUGCAUAUCAGGCUAACCAGAUCAUGAAGCAACUUCAAGACUACUCUGUUGCUCUUGGCUUUUUUUAUUGGUUAAAGCGACAACCAGGGUUCAAGCAUGAUGAUCAUACUUAUACCACUAUGGUUGGCAUCCUGGGCCGUGCCAGACAGUUUGGCACGAUAAACAAAUUACUAGAACAGAUGGUCAGCGAAGGAUGCAAGCCCAAUGUUGUAACUUAUAAUCGAAUGAUACACAACUAUGGCCGUGCAAACUGCCUGAAGGAAGCACUCAAUGUGUUCAAUCAAAUGCAGGAGGAGAAAUGUGAACCUGACCGCGUCACUUACUGCACACUUAUUGAUAUCCAUGCAAAAGCGGGAUAUCUUGAAAUUGCCAUGGCCAUGUAUGAAAGGAUGCAACAAGCUGGUCUUUCACCUGACACCUUUACCUAUAGUGUCAUGAUUAAUUGCCUUGGAAAAUCUGGCAAUUUAACAGCUGCCCACAGGCUAUUUUGUGAGAUGGUUAAUCAGGGCUGUAUUCCUAAUCUGGUAACCUACAAUAUAAUGAUUGCUUUGCAAGCUAAAGCUAGGAACUAUCAGAUAGCAUUACAAUUAUUUCGUGACAUGAAAAAUGCUGGAUAUGAACCUGAUAAAGUGACUUACAGCAUAGUCAUGGAGGCGCUUGGCCACUGUGGGUAUCUGGAGGAAGCUGAAGCGAUUUUUGCUGAGAUGAAAUGGAAAAAUUGGGUGCCAGAUGAACCUGUUUAUGGUCUUUUAGUAGACUUGUGGGGAAAGGCUGGUAAUGUUGAGAAGGCUUGGGCAUGGUAUCAAGAGAUGGUAAAUGCAGGUUUGCAGCCAAAUGUACCAACUUGCAAUUCCCUUCUCAGUGCAUUCCUUAGGGUGCAUCGGUUGCCAGAUGCAUAUAAUCUUCUGCAGAGCAUGGUUGCUCGAGGCCUACGGCCCUCGUUGCAGACUUAUACCUUGCUUCUCAGUUGUUGUACAGAAGCACGUUCAUCAUACGAUAUGGGGUUUUGUUGUGAGCUUUUGGCAGUUACCGGCCAUCCUGCACAUUCAUUUUUACUGUCUAUGCCAGCAGCAGGACCUGAUGGUCAAAACGUGCGGGAUCAUGCAGGCAAAUUCUUAGAUCUGAUGCAUGCUGAGGAUAGAGAGAGCAAAAGGGGACUUGUAGAUGCAGUGGUGAAUUUUCUUCACAAGUCUGGGCUUAAAGAGGAGGCUGGUUCCAUUUGGGAGGUGGCUUCGCAGAAGAAUGUGUACCCAGAUGCUGUCAAGGAGAAAAGUUCUUGCUACUGGCUUAUAAAUCUCCAUGUUAUGUCUGAUGGAACUGCUGUGACAGCAUUGUCUAGGAUACUUGCUUCGAUUCGGCGAAAGAUGCUGACAUAUGGGACUAGUCCUAACCGGAUUGACAUUGUCACCGGAUGGGGUCGCAGGAGCCGAGUCACCGGUUCUUCUCUUGUGAGGCAGGCGGUGCAAGAACUAUUACAUGUGUUUAGUUUUCCAUUCUUUAUUGAAAAAGGCAAUUCAGGGUGUUUUGUGGGUUGUGGGGAGCCUCUUAGUAAAUGGUUGGUCCAUUCUUAUGUGGAAAGGAUGCACUUGCUGUAGUAUCUGUUCUAGAAAUUGAGCCAUUAUCUUAAGCUUGUA